CUUACAUUUUCAUUAAAUAAAUCAAAGUCUUCAUCAUUAUCAAAGUAGCUAUCUUCAGAGAAAUCAGAUGUUACUGAUGUCCCACAUGAYGUGCUGGUGUAUUCACUGUACAGAAGAUUUCGUUCAUGAAAAUCAGGACCACUAAUGGAAAGAUAAAAGUCRACAGCUAUUUCUUCUUCAAAAUAACUUGGAGGGCAGUAAUCUGGCAUUGCACUUAAAAAGUAAUCCUUGGAGAGCCCAGGGGACGUCCCUAGCAACCUUUCAUUGACAAAAAAGUUUUUCAAAAAAGAAAAGAUAUUCAGCUCGCUGUAAGAUCGAGCGAACGCUGUAAGAUCGAGCGAAGCAGAAAAAAGUCAAAGGACGCAACGAAAACAAACAAGACUUGAGAAAGCUAAACAAUCAGACAACAAAAGAAAAUGUGUAGGACUGGGAACGAGGAAUCUAAGUCUACCAUAUUAUGGGCUCCCUGUGGUGCGCGUCAAAUCAAUAUGAUGUCAUAAAAGUCGUUGAUGCCAGUGCGCGCGUUCAUCAAACCGCUUCAAAAUUUUAGCAUGUUUAAACAAGUAUUCUCCUCAAAUAUGGUGUAAAAGCCUGAAUGGACGCCGCUGCGAGAGUUUUUGAGGAAGGAGAAGAGGGAAAAAUAGUCCAAGUGAAGCCCUCAUGGGUUUUAGCGGAGAGUCUGGAAAGUUUAGGUUCGAAGUUCCCUCUCAUUCCCGGUUCACAAGAUUCAAUCGUGUUUUGCACGACUUUGCUGUCAAAAAAGCUUCAACAGAGAUCUGAAGAUGGUGACUUUGACUUUAGUGACAGUGAUAUUGUGUCAUACAAUGGACUUCAUGAUCCACACCUCAAGUCUUAUUUCCAGAAUCCAUCUAUUMGGAAAAGUCUCAUAGAAAAAGGGUUCAUAACUGACGAUGGCUACGUGAAAUGCAAUCUCAUGGAGUUCAACAAUUAUCGAAAGUGGAUCCGAAAAGUGAAGCUUGAUGAGCUGCAUCGGCAACAUAAACUUCAUUGCGAAGAAGAAGCUKCCAAAAAGAGGGAAAUGGUCGCUCAGCAGAAACUCGAGAGAGAAAAUGACGAGGCUAAUAUCACAAAAAAGCGGGAACGGAAAGCCAAGGAGGUUAUGAUGGAAAAUGAGAAGAGACGAGAGAUGGAGAGCAAAAAGCUAAUGAAGCUCCAAGCAAUGGAGAACAAGAAUAGAGAAAAAAGUCAAAUUGAAAGAAGAAGAUUUUUAGAAGACGCAGAGCUCCAAAGAGAGAAGAAGCAGUUAGACAGACAAGCACAGAAAGUCAAAGAACAAGAAAAGAUGCGUAAGAUCAGGAUGCGGUUUCUGAAUAGAAAAGAAAAAGAAGAUAGUAAACGAAUGCUUGCAAUGGCAGAGCGGAAACGACUUUUGAAGAAACAAAAGGAAAAAAAGCUUAAAAGUCAUUGGAAACGUCGCUGUGCAACAACACUGAAACACAUGAAACAACAACAUGACGAAGAAGCAUACAGGAUGAAACUACGCAUGCGCAACAUCGAAAGACGAGCGACUAUUAUUGACAAGAAGCAGCACGAAAGUGAAGAGGCUCUUAUAAAUUUCGUGGAGACUCGACGAGCAACCCUCCAAAAAGAACUUAUGGAAGCGGAAGAACUUCUCGCAAAACUCCGUAUGAAGAAAGAGCAUGAACUCAUUAAAUGGAAGGAAAAACACGAGAAGAUGCUAUCUCAAGAUCUCGUCCGCAAAGACCGUGAUGAUUACAUGGGAAUGCGACGAUGGUCGGACCCAAGCUCCUCAAGAUACGCGGCUCGUUUGAAGAGUACGUGGAACCUGAGAAGUCAGCUGCAACAGUUAGGGGAGGAACUCUGGGAGGAACAAUUGAUCCUGAAUACUAUUAAGGAGAAAAAAGCUCAAAGAAAACAAGUGCGCACAAUGAUAUGGAAUGUCAUCAACAACGCUUAUGAUAUUGUGGAGCAGGAAAAACAAAGGAAAAAUGCCCGACGGUACGUUUUCUCUGUUAUUGAGACUGCAAGCCAAACCAUAGAGAAAGAACGAGCUGAACAAAAAGAAAAUCAGAUAAUUCGAGCUGCUCGAGAACUGGUGACAGCUUCGAUUGCAUACGCCCAGAGGCGCGUUGGCAAAGAGCUAGAGGUUCCUGAACCCAUGCCACCAAAGUACACUUAUGAAGACAGCCUUGACUUUUCGGUAAGGAGUGUCGUUCAAGACGCAAUUGCAAAGGCUGUGGAUUCUAUGGAAAGAUUGUAUUAUGAGGACUUUGACUAUAACGAGGCCGCUACAAACUUGAUGAGAGCGGCGAUCUUUAGAGCGCAAGAAUCUCUUGAGAAUGUUUUCCGGAUCACUCCCGCUCUAGAGGAGCAACUGAGUCGCGCGGCGUGGAAACUCGCAAACAAUGCCAUGCUUUCUGCUAGGACAUCAUUCGAGAGGCUCCACGAAGAAAACAUCAAAACCGCUGCUCGUAAACUUGCGUCUAAUGCAAUCGUGUCGGCACAGAAUUCGAUAGACAGAAUGGAACAACCAGAGCUUUGGAAAACAGCAGAGAAACUUGCUUUGGAAGCAAUUGUUAGAGCUCAAAAGUCAAUCCAAAAAGAAGACGAGGAGGAGUUUUUUGCAGAGCAACUUGCAAGAAGAGCUGUUUUAGAAGCCAAGUUGUCAUUAGAAAGAGCAAAUGAACUGGAACGAGUGUCGCUUGAGCUUGCGCGCAAAGCAAUCGAAGGAACACAUCAGUCUGCCCAUACCUCUUACGUAGAAAAGGAAAUGCAAGAGGCAAAAAAUCUUGCUAUUCUUGCUGCGGAGAGAUCUAUUGAAAUGCUCAACAGUCAAGAUGGUUUAAGUCCCAGGGAAAGUAUUAUCGCUAGUGAAGCAACAAACCUUGCCGUGGACGCCAUUCGCUCUACCAAGGGUUCUUGGGAAGACCUGAAAAACGUUUAUCGAGUGGACACCAUAGAUAAAAGUGAGAUGAUCAAAACUAUCAUGGMGUAUGUUGAACGUAUUAUUGUGUCUGCCAUUAGGCGACUUGAAGCAACCAACGAGAUACAGUUUUUGCAAACAGGAAAAAUUGAUUCUGACGGCUACGUUGUCUUAGCACACAGUGAUGCACAGAUCUUAGAUGAAGAUCAGUCUUAUGAAUCUCUCAGCUCGCGAGGAUCGGGAAUCGGGAUCAAGGCAAGGGAACUUGUCGACAAUGCUUUUGCAAGUGCUGUUGRAAUUAUUACAACUGCGAAGUUUGCCUCUGUAGAUGGUUCACCAUCCUCUUUAGAUUCAACUCUGAGCCCAAGAUCCCGUCGAAGAUCCUCCGUCCACUUUAACAAUAUGAACGUAUUUGCAAAUCGGCGUACAAGCUAUGUACCCAGAGAGAGUGAUUUCAUGCCAGUUACAAAUCGCCCUCCUACACCUCGUUUCUUGGGAAGAAAAACAGCWAGUGUUCAGUCGACGGAGUGGGAAGAAAUAGAGAGAGAAUUAAAAUUAAUAGAGGAUGAAGAUGAUGURCGUGUUUUAUCAAGAMAUGACGCAGACAGAAGACCUCCUCCGCGUCGAUGCAGUUCUUUUCAUAACAUCCAAACACUGCCAAAAACUGUUGAGUUUAGGGUUCACCUGUCACUUUCAGAUCCAAGCUGUAGACGCUCCUCUGGCACCAGUACCAGUGAUAAAGACAUUCCGAGAAGGCUUUUAAUAAAGCAAGUAGACAGCACUAACGAUGCUAAAGUAUCAAUAGCAGAAUCAAGCGAACUUUGUGAUCACGAGUCACAAAUAAUAAUGAACCUUAUGGCAGAUGGUGAAAGCCUUCCUUGCGAAAUAAGCUCUCAAGACUCUUCUUAUGUAGUUCUACCCAAACUUAAAUCAGAAGAAAAGGCUGUGAUCAACACUAAAGUGAAACAAAUGGAAUUGCAUCUUCCAGCAGUUUCGCCMACACCAUCACUAGUUAGUAAUGAAGACAGCACUUCUCUGAUAAGYCAGACAAAUGAAAGCGAUGCAACAAGAAGGCAGAGUACAUCACMAAGUAGUUCUCAAAAGCUACCAGAUGUAUCCAAGUCAGGUUCAUUAGUAGUAUCGCCAAGAGCAUCGUACCGCCGAAGAACAUCUUCUCCAAAAGAGACUCCGCAGCAUACCAAGUCAUCAACGGAUGCAUCUAAGAUAACACCAAAGUCCUCUGGUGUUAAAAAGUCUUUUAGUGSAACAACUAAAGUGACUCCAAAACYAUCUAUGAAUGCAGACAAAGUAGCUUCAAAGUCAUCUACUGAUGCAGCUAAAGCGUCUUCCAGAUCAACUACUGGUGAGGUCAAGCCGACUCAAAAGUCAUCUGUGGGCAUGGUAUCUUCUUCUGAUUCAAUCAAAAUGACUCCAAAGGCAUCGACUGAAGCAGCUGACAAAUUGUCUCCCAAGACAUCUACUGAUUCAACCAAAGUACCUGCAAAGCCAUCUACUGAUGUAGCCAAAGUGACACCCAAGACAUCUACUGAUACAGCCAAAGUGACAACCAAGACAUCUACUGAUACAGCCAAAGUGACAACCAAGACAUCUACUGAUGCAGCCAAAGUGACAUCCAAGUCAUCUACUGAUGCAGCCAAGAUAACACCCAGUUCAUCUACUGAAGUCGCCAAGGUGAAACCUAAGUCAUCUACUGAUGUAGUCAAGGUGACUCCAAAACCAUCAACUGAUGCAGCCAAAGUAACACCCAAGUCAUCUACGGAUGCAGCCAAAGUGACUUCAAAACCGUCUACUGAUGCAGCCAGAAUAACACCAAAGCCAUCUACUGAUGAAGCCAAGGUGACUCCAAAACCAUCUACUGAUGAAGCCAAAGUGACUCCAAAACCAUCCACUGAUACAGCCAGAACGACACCCAAGUCAUCUACUGAUGCAGCCAAAGUGACACCAAAGUCAUCUACUGAUGCAGCCAAAGUGACUCCAAAACCAUCUACUGAUGCAGCCAAAGUGACUCCAAAACCAUCUACUGAUACAGCCAAAGUGACUCCAAAGUCAUCUACUGGUGCAGCCAAAGUGACACCCAAGUCAUCUACUGAUACAGCCAAAGUGACUCCAAAACCAUCUACUGAUACAGCCAAGGUGACACCCAAGUCAUCUACUGAUACAGCCAAAGUGACACCAAAACCAUCUACUGAUGCAGCCAAAGUGACUCCAAAACCAUCUAAUGAUACAGCCAAAGUGACCCCAAAGUCAUCAACUGAUGCAGCCAAAGUGACUCCAAAACCAUCUACUGGUGCAGCUAAAGUGAUACCCAAGACUUCUACUGACUCUGCCAAAAUAACACCCAAGACAUCUACUUUUUCAGCAAAGGUUACUCCAAAGCCCUCUAAUGAUGCUGUGAAAGUAAAACGCAAGUCGAGUACUGGAGCAGCCAAAGUGACAACCACACCUUCUACUGGCGCUGCCAAAGUAACUCCAAAGCCAUCUAAUGAAGCAGUCAAGGUAACACCAACGUCCUCUACUGAUUCAGCGAAAGUUGUACACAAGUCAUCAACUGAUACAACCAAAGUGACACAAAGUUCAUCAAAAGAUGCUAUCUCUACUAAGUCUGUUAACGUCCAUUCAAAGUCAUCUAAAAAUAUUGCAUCUACUUCMUCGAGAAAAUCUAUAAGGGAUGACGACCGCGAUAUUACUCCAAAAGGUUCGAAWGGAGUAGUAAAACUCUCAGCAAAGACAUCUGUCGAAWGUCAGCGAGGGUCCACAAAAGAAAUACYUCUUAAACAAUCAACAGAUGAUACAAUGGUUUCUUCCAAAACGUCAGAGACAAAAGCGCUCUCGAUAUCUCCAACAUCGUCUGGYACCAACAAAACAGCUUCUGGUGACUCAAGGAAAGAUCAAUCAUCAAAGAGAAAAGAUAAGAAUGCAAGUUCGCCAGWUGAAAGUGRUAAGGGAACAAUCGAGAUUCCUGGAGACACAACGUGGCAAAUAUCGGUUGAUAAGUCUGAAAUYCAGKCCRCAAAAGACUGCGACAAAAGUGAUUCACCUUCAGAGGUCAUUGGCAAAGAACGUCCACCAUUGACUGAAGAAAAUAAUGAUAGUGAGCAAUCUCAAGGCAAUCGGAGGAUCUCUUUAACAGUCCCAAAUGCAACUAUUGCUAUGAAGGGAAUUGGAAGAAGGGCAUCUCUUCCACUUGCUGCCUUUUCGGAAGAAGAUAUCUGCCAGCUCAAUGAAAGACGUUCAUCUUAUGUUCCACAUCUGGCUGAGUUAUCAAAAAUUGAACCAGACCAAACCCUUUCUCCAGAACCAGCGAUUGAGCGACCCAGAACGUAUACUGUACCAUCCAUUACUGUAGUAGAACCAGCCACRCCACCAAACGAAGAAAACGUAUUGUUUGAUGCAAACGAGAGGCAGCGAAUUAUCGAUGAGCUCGAGCAAAAUGCUGARUCURAAACCUCCGUGAAUGUUUCAGAUCCUGUGGUUARUGACAGCAAAACAAUCUCUACAGAAMAUGGUARCACUGAMAAAUACGAGCCACGCCCAUGUCCUGUGAACACCCCAGAGAAUAGCAAAAGCACAACACCGACUAAGGGUUCUAGGCAAGGCAUUGCUUGUGUAGGGGUUCAGCUGACWCGUGGUGAUUCAGGUAGCGCUGGCUCACUCGCAGGAAAAUCGUCCAUCUCCUCCCUGAGAGACCGCCAUUCAAAAGGUUCUCUUCCAAAGGUAAAUCGAGAAAUAUUUGGUUCUCCUGAGCUGAAAUCACAUUCAUUUGAGCUUAAAGGCACAGCCUUGGGAUCACGCACCCCGAGUGAACAUUCAACUGGAUCUAACAAGUCUACUAGGCAUUCGCGAACCCAAUUAAUUUUGACAGGCUCGCGCAAUCACAUUGCAACUCAAGGUGACGAAGAUCUUUCGCAAGGCGUUAUUGUCACUCCCCUGAAACCAAGUCCACCGAUCAGCCCAAAAGUGAUAGAGUCAGCAGUAAGGCGAUCUAAACUCAAGUUGGCCCUKUCGCAACAAUCCGCCAAGGAAACGCGGUCAGAAACUAGCCUUACGAGCUCAAAAAGUGGUAGUGCAACCGGAAGUCGAGAGGCCCUCCAAAAGAAAUCRUCCAUUGAGUUUGAUCCCAAUGGUAUGCUAAGCACCUCAUCUAUGUCCCCUCGCCAAGAGAACGCRACUCCUGCAAGACCUAAUACUUCGUCUGGUGUACGUAGCAAGGAGAAGAUCAAACCCUCAAGAAAUAAUGGUUCUCCAUCUGGGUCAUUUGGUGGAUCUGAUAAGGAYGUGAAGAUUGUUGCUAUUGGGCAUGGCGUUGAGAAGAAAGCUGRUUAAAUUUUAUAAGAAAAAUUGAUUUUGCUUAUUGUUCUUAUUACUUAUAUUGCUAUUUGUGUUUAAUAUGCAUAACUUCAGUUUUCUUUUUCUGAAAAUGUCAGUUUAUAUUCCGCAUUCACAAUGUUUUAUUUAUCAUUAUCUUGUUUUACUAGGUUUGACUGAAAAUCCGUCCUCGCAAUACUUUAAGCAAUUUCAGUCAUAAACGACUCCGAUCCAUCCAUUUAUUAUAACUUAUUUGCUUUGUAUCACUGACUCACYUAUUUUCAUUUUCAUUAAAUGCCAUAUUUGUCAACCUC